UUACUCUCAGCUAAAUACUUUUGUUUUUGUAAUUCCAUUAUUUCAACUGAACUAGCAAUAGGUGUUACCGUCCGACGAAGAAGACUAACUGGGAGAGACGAGACGAUGAUCGCCAACGGGGUAGACGAUGAGGAGAAAUGGCUCUCCGCUGGGAUCGCCGCCCUUCAGCAGAAUGCCUUCUACAUGCAUCGAGCUCUCGAUUCAAACAAUUUGAAGGACGCUCUCAAGUACUCUGCUCAGAUGCUUUCGGAGCUCCGCACUUCGAGGCUUUCCCCUCACAAAUACUACGAACUUUAUAUGAGGGCAUUUGAUGAACUGAGGAAAUUGGAAAUGUUUUUUAAGGAGGAAACUAGUCGAGGUUGCUCCAUCGUCGAGCUUUAUGAGCUUGUACAGCAUGCUGGAAAUAUUUUACCAAGAUUAUAUUUGCUCUGUACUGCGGGUUCUGUCUACAUAAAAUCCAAGGAAGCUCCAGCGAAGGACAUACUCAAAGAUCUUGUAGAAAUGUGUCGUGGAAUCCAGCAUCCUCUAAGAGGGCUAUUUCUAAGGAGUUACCUGUCUCAAGUUAGUAGAGAUAAAUUGCCUGACAUUGGCUCUGAAUAUGAAGGGGAUGCUGAUACUGUCAUGGAUGCUGUUGAUUUUGUGCUCCAAAAUUUCACUGAAAUGAAUAAACUCUGGGUCAGAAUGCAACAUCUGGGGCCAAGUAGGGAAAAAGAUAAAAGGGAAAAGGAAAGGAGUGAGCUGCGAGAUCUUGUCGGCAAGAAUCUUCACGUUCUCAGCCAGAUUGAGGGUGUUGACCUUGAGAUGUACAAAGAAACUGUUCUUCCCAGAGUGCUGGAGCAGGUUGUUAACUGCAAGGAUGAACUUGCUCAAUACUACUUGAUGGAUUGCAUAAUUCAAGUCUUCCCUGAUGAAUACCACUUGCAGACUCUUGAAACCUUAUUGAAUGCAUGUCCUCAACUUCAGGCUUCUGUCGAUGUUAAAACAGUGCUUUCUCGUCUUAUGGAAAGGCUUUCAAAUUAUGCUGCAUCUGGUCCGGAAGUGUUGCCUGAGUUUUUUCAAGUAGAAGCCUUUGCAAAACUUAACAAUGCCAUAGGAAAGGUUAUAGAAGCACAGGAUAAUAUGCCCAUUGGUGGAAUAGUUACUUUAUAUGCAUCUCUGCUGAAAUUCGCCUUACACGUACAUCCGGACCGACUUGAUUAUGUUGACCAAAUUCUGGGAUCAUGUGUAAAAAAAAUUUCAGGAAUUCAAAAGCUUGACGAUAGCAAAGCAACACAACAGAUUGUUGAACUUCUAAGUGCUCCACUUGAGAAAUUCAAGGAUAUAGACAUUGUAUUGAAACUGUCAAAUUAUCCUCGUGUCUUGGAUCAUUUAAAUGAUCGAACUAAUAAAGAGGUGGCAAAUAUUAUCGUACAUAAUAUAAUGAAAAACAGGACUUACAUAGCAACUGCUGAGAAGGUGGAGGCAUUAUUUGAAUUGAUGAAGGGACUCAUUAAAGAUUUAGAUGGAGAUAAUCAAGAUGAGGAUGAGGAGGACUUCAAAGAGGAACAAUAUAAUGUUGCUCGUCUUAUCCAGAUGCUCCAUAGUGAUGAUCCAGAAGAGAUGUUGAAGAUAAUACAAACUGUGAGGAAACAUAUUUUGACCGGAGGGCCAAGGAGGCUCCCUCAUACAGUCCCCCCACUUAUAUUCAGUUCUCUGAAGCUUGUACGACGACUGGAAGGUCUGGAUGAAAGUUUAUCUGACAAAGAGGCAUCAGCUACACCAAAAAAGAUUUUUCAGAUAGUAACACAGAUAAUCGAGGCUUUGUCAAGCAUACCAGUACCUGAACUGGCUCUUGGAUUGUAUCUGCAGUGUGCCGAGGCUGCAAAUGACUGUGAUCUGGAACCUGUGGCCUAUGAAUUUUUUACCCAAGCUUAUAUAUUGUAUGAAGAAGAAAUCACGGAUUCAAAAGCUCAAGUGACUUCCACGUAUCUAAUAAUUGGGACACUUCAAAGAAUGCGCGUCUUUGGUGUUGAGAAUAGAGACGCCUUGACACAUAAAGCCACAGGGUAUUCUGCAAAGCUGUUGAAGAAACCUGACCAGUGUCGGGCAGUCUAUGCAUGCUCACAUCUCUUCUGGCAUGAUGAUCAUGAUAGCAUCAGAGACGGAGAAAGGUGUGCCAUCGAAUUCUGUCCACUGGUCUUGCUCUGCUUAAAACGAGCAUUGAGAAUUGCAAACGCUGUUCAACAAAUGGCCAAUGCAACAAGGGGUAGCAGUGGAUCAGUUAUCCUUUUUAUAGAGAUACUUAACAAGUAUCUGUACUUCUACGAAAAAGGAGUUCCGCAGAUUACAGUUGAAUCCAUCAAGGAUCUGAUCGAAUUGAUCAAAAACGAGAUGCAUGGUGAUGACACGCAUUCAGACCCAGCGGCAGAUGCUUUCUUUGCAAGUACGCAGCGGUAUAUGCAAUUCCAGAAUGACAAAGGUGGUUCUCUGGGCGACAAGUACCAACUCAUCACCGUAUAAUUUACACAUCACAUCAAUAUUGAUUGCGUUUACAUCAGAAGUGUAUUAGUAGUCGGUUUUGAUUUGAUCCUUCACAUAAAGAAAACUUGCCAGCCUUUGCCCAUCGAGCUAACAAAGUGGUUUCUAUCUGGAGCUCAUCGACCUCUGAAAAUAUCUGCAGAGCUGGUAUAACUCUUGAAUUUACGACACGAGUUGAAAAUCUUGUUUAUCAUAAGCAUGUUUGUGGUACAUAUAUAUAUUUCAACUGCAAUUUGAGCUUUCUGUAGUAACCAAAAGGAAAACUACACUUUUUCUUGUUC